AUGGAGUGUAGUUCCGCUGCCGGGGACCUGACUCGUUUCCGUGGGGCAGUUGCAAGAGGGGCAGCAGACUUUAUUUUUCGUUUUGUUUUUCUUAUGCCAAUUCUCCUACUUGAUUUGAUCAUGUCAAGGGAGCGGGGGCGGCGGCGGGCGGGGAGCCCCUCCGGGCCGCGCCUCGACGUCAGCUCGGACCGCUUCGACCCGCUCCUCGCCCUCUACGCGCCGCGCCCGCCGCCCAUCCCCUACCCCGACGCGCCCUGCUUCAACAACCUGGCGGAGUACGAGAGCUUCCUGCGGGGCCGGCGGGCGGGCCGGGCCGGGCGGGCGGAGGCCGGCAGGACCGGCUCCUCCGGCCCGGGCCGCCCGGCCGCCCGGCCGCCCCGCCCCGCCGACCCCGAUCGUCUGCGGCGCCUGCGGCGGCUCGUGGUGACCCCGGAGCGGGCGGAGGGGAGCCGGGCCGCCCCCGCCCGCGGCAGGAAGGCACCGCGCAAUGUCCUCACCAGGAUGCCCCUGCACGAAGGCAGUCCGCUAGGUGAACUGCACCGCUGCAUUCAAGAAGGAGUGAAGGUCAACGUGCACAUCCGAACCUUCAAGGGAUUGCGCGGUGUCUGUUCGGGCUUCUUGGUCGCAUUUGACAAGUUCUGGAACAUGGCUCUGACAGAUGUGGAUGAGACAUAUAGAAAACCUGUCCUGGGUAAAGCAUACGACAGGGAGCCUCAACUGACGCUCACCAGGCUGUUUGACAGAUUGAAACUGCAAGAUUCAUCCCUAAAAAAGGAAGCGGAUUCCAAGUCUGCAGUGGAGGACUCCACGCUGUCCAGAUAUUCCCAGACAUCUACUUGGAAGGUGGCCUCUGUGUGGGGGAGAGGAGACAGCGAGAGUGGGAGCCAGAAGCGGUCCCGUUCGGCUUCCUCUUCGCUCCUGACAUCCGGGAAAGAGGUUACCAAGUCCGAGCCGUCAGGCAGGACUACGCGGACCGAGGGCUCGAGCGCAGGGGGGACUAAUUCCAGGGGCCGGUCCCGUAAGAAAAGGCAGAGGCCCAAAGUGGAUUACCAGCAGGUGUUCACCCGGCACAUUAACCAGAUUUUUAUCCGAGGCGAGAACGUCUUGCUUGUCCACCUCGCGCAGUGACCAGCUGAGGCACACACGGGUCUUUGUAUUUAAGAAUAAAUAGCAUGAGCUGUAGUUGUGGUUCUGUGCUCCCCAGCAGCCCAGGGAAACGCAAAGUUGAAACGAUACCCUCUGAUCUUGGCCGAAAGGAGGGAGGAGCUAAAUUCAGUGCACUCUGACUCAUCGGGCAGAUCCUCUAAAGGGAAAGGGCAGCGGGGCACUCACUGGGGAAGAGCGGGAGGUUGCUCUGGUCAGAGGUAGCCGGGAGCCUAUUCACUUAGAUCUAAAUUGGUUUCACCUGCAUUUCUAAAUACAGGCAUUGAACACCAAGGGCAGAUGAUGCCCUGGUCCUGGUGGAAAUGUUCGUAACUCCCAUCACAUGUUAUAGGGUUAAAGGAAGAGAUUCCCCCAGAGAACGCUUUUCUCGCCUCAAAGUAAGUGAACUACAUCUUCAAGAAAUUAAUACCAGGAAGAGUGGCUUAAAUUGGGGGCCUGCCAUUUUUGGCUUUGCAGGUUUGCUCCUUACCGCUUUUUAAAAUCUGUCCCUUCUUUAGAGGUUGCCCUGUAUCCUGACCUCCGUCUGAAAGAACAAUCCCGGAGAAGGAGGGUAGGGUUAGGUUCGGGCAGGCCUAGGGCAGCAAGCCACUAUUUGUAACUGCCUGGCCGUGUCAGUGACCACGUCGUACCAAAAAUGGCGGUGCCCAACCAGGCCCAUCUCCACGAGGCCAGUGUCCGCAGGUGGACGACCGGCUGUUAAUGUGAAGAGGUUGCGCUGUGACUUGGCAUCGUCCUUUUUUUUGCUGUUUCUCUGAGCUACGCGCCAUUGUGCCGCUGCAUGAAAUGGGUGGUGUGGCCUAGUACAGUGUGAGCUGUCUCGUGAGCUAGGUAGUGCCUCGCCGGAGGUCGCGUCUUUCGUGUCUGGCUUCUGUGAGCCACCGAGUCCAGCAUGAGCUUGGUACGGUACAUAUCGAAAUGCCUCAACUCCCCCUCCUGGAUACGGGAACGUGGGGUGCCUUUCGUCAUGGUCCUAACGUGAAACAGGGAAGCGGGUUCUUCUCUCACGUCAGGCCAGAGGGCCUAGUGCUCAUUGCGAAGUGGAGCACGUUGCCUCAGAGGCACCCUUUAACCUGAGCUGGAAACACGGUGCGGGAACCUCAUCAGUUAUGAAACUUCCAGAAAAUCUGUUACACUCCUUCCUACUUGAACAAUUCUCUGCUCUUUAAAUCACCCAGUGGAGACCAGGAGAGCUGGCUUCCCCCUCUCCCCCUUCAACGGCAAAAGGCAACUUGUUCAAAGUCAGAGUGAGGGAUGGCUAACCCGUUCAUUUGCCUGAACGGAAAAGUUUUCUCUGUUUUAUAGCAUCUUGGAUGGAUGUACGGCAAAAUCCCUGAAAGGAGAGUAGGAGUGAGACCUCAGAGCUUGGUAUAGAGAGUCUGGUCUCAAUAGUAGGUGCUAUCUCUGGUUCGGCCCCUGGAUCACUACGUGACUGUAGACAAGUCAGUUAACCCUCUCGUGCCUCAUUUUCCCCAUCUGUCUUAUGGGGAGGUGAAAUACCUACCUCGGUGGAGUGAGGGUGGAUGAAAUAGGGGAAACUCUUUCAAAGUCAGUGCUGUAUAAUUGCCAGGCAUCUUUUUACAGAGUCAACUUCCACAGCCUUUCAAGAGUUUACUGGCAGGUACUACAUAAUUAAGUCAGUAUUUAUCUUUAGGAAUAAGAUUUGCUACUCUUGUAAUCAGAGAUGCCACCUUUUCAUUGUGAGCAUGGGGGUGGCAAGGGUUUUAAGAAGGUUGGAGAUGAGGAGGAGAGAGGCUUCAAAGAGCUAAGAAGUUUAAGCCACCAUUUUGAGUCACUUUGACCCCUGUCCAAGGGGGUCGGAUUCCCCCUCCCCCCACCCGCCCCCAGGGCCCCGGGGCACCAAUCCAAUUGGAUUGUUUUUGUAAUCUAGACAGUCAGGAAGGGCCUAAUCAUAAAGUUUCUGGCAUAUAGUUUCUGGGGAAAGGGGAAAAUAAAGCCCCAGUAAAAUGAAAAUAUUCCUAGACUUUGGUGGGUCACACAUAUGAGAGUAUUAAACAGGGGCAGCCCUCAAAAUCAUUUUGGAAAUCAUUCUAUUUUAAAAAUCGUUAGGCUGUAAAAAAUUCUAUUCAGCCCGCUUUUCCAGUGCCAUCCCUCUCUCUCCUCAGUAGGAUGAGAAGACACGAAUGUUUUGUCUUAGAUUCAUUCUGAGUUCUCACAAACACGUUCCCGGGAAAAUAUUUACACUCAUACGCAUGUCUGUAGGAUUCUGCUGCUUAACUAGUUACAAAUAUGUUCAUUUAAAUUAUUUUAGAAUAUGUAUAUUAUGUAAGACUAUAUAUCCUUCACUGUAUGAACCUUGGGCUGGGCCUUGGACGCUGACUUUUGGAAUGAAUUUAAUUCAAUAAACAUUUCAUCUAGUGGAAAACUUAGAUAGUUUUCUUUAAAAAUGACCUUGUCGCGCUUUCAUAAAAAUCACUCUUUCUCCUCUCAAUUAUUGAAAAUAUUUCAAAGAGGAGAAACAAGCAUUUCUCAGGGAUUCAUCUGCUGCUCCUCCUAAAGUAUGUAAUCCUCUUUGUUACGUCACAAAAGCCACGAAGGUGUCGGUUGUCAGAUGUAAAAGAUUUGAUGGCAAAGAAGGAAGAAUCAUUGGCCCGUCAGUUUGGAAAGCAUUAAGACAAACUAUGCGUAAUGGGUCUUUUGUGUGCCAGGAAAGCUACUUUCCAGGCUUCUCUAGGACACUGAGUUUGGGGAUCAUGCCAUAAGGAUAAUGUAUUUGUGGAUUUUCCGACCAAGACUUUUAAAAAUGACUAGGAGAAUGAGUUAAAACAAAAAAAGUUUCUUAAGCUGAACCAUCACUGUAUCUGAAGAAGUCUUCCUGGGGAUUGCACAACACUACUGGCUUUUAAAACCAGAAGUAAAAGGAGAGCUCUGACUUAUAUGUGCAAGAGUUCUCAAUAGGUAUCGUUCAUGUAAAUGGUUGGGGAGGACACUGUAAUUGUCCCCUCCCCCGCUAAAAAAUCAGUGUUCAAAGAUAGAACUGAUCUAGACUCAGGUGUGAUAUGGGGCUUGAUUGGGGGGAUUGUUAGUUCGAUACUGACUUGCCCCCCAGGGAUCAGGGAUCGGUGCUGUCCCAAGCCCUCUGAAACAAAGGAAACUUCCUCAUUCUUGCAGCUGCUCCCUUGGAGCAGGAUCAAUGGUGCCCUUCCGGUAAAACCUUAAAGUACUCAUUUCCAGGGGGUUUCAGAUGGUUCAACGAUUCUCUCCGAGAUAGGAAAAGGAAAUCAACAAAAUCCUUUUAGAGAGAAAAAAGUCUUGAUCAGUUGUCCAAUCUCUUAAACUUUAAUCUCUUAAACUCUUAAAAAUUCAGGUUUUCACAGUCCUACCUAAACAGGAAAUGAUAUCCCGCUGGCUGCAUUGAAAAACUUGGCAACUUUCUUCUCCUGCAGAUCCAUUUAGCAGUAGGAUUUUGGCUGUGGAGUUCCUGUCAAAGUGUACUAAGGUUGGAGGAAGGAGAAUUAAGACUCCUCUCUCUUGGGGUUUUACAAACCCUCUUCAGCACUUCUGUAAGGGCUCUUACUCUUGAAUGAUGGAAAUGAAAGCUUUCUGCCAAGGAAGGAAAAAUGGCGCAGGAUGUAUUGUAUUAGCGACUAGCUUCAUGGCCUAGGGGAGGAAAUGAGCACACCUGAGAGUUUGUCAGUCUUGUAUUCAUUUAGAAUGAAAAGUAGUUCGAACAGCUGGUAUAAAGGCCUCAUUGGAUUUUUUUUUAAAUUCCUCUGCAAAGAUGGGAGCAGUCCCUCAGGAAAGAUAUGAAAGCUGCUCCAGCUCCUUUCUGCGAUUGCUUCUGUUAUUCACUGCUUUGGAGUAAAGUGUGACCACGUUCUGGUUUAGUCAUCCUGUCAGAUGUGUGAAAAAAUGUCACACUUCUUUUUGAAGGGCAUUAUUAAGCCGGGACCGCCUCCCUGUAGUCCUAAGUGUGCCGAGACUUAGGGAAACUGGGUUGGAAUCCAUUAGCCAGUUGUCAUGACAGUAAAGCGAGUCGUGGGUGAUGUCUGGAAAAGUGAAAUUUCCUCCAUGCAGGUAUCUGAAGACACCUAGUCUUCCGUCUGGCAUCUCAGCCACCAGAGGCACUGUAGGGAUUUUGCAAUGUACUGACUUGUACUAUGUUUGUCUUUAAAAGGCCAAUUGUGAUGUGAAUGUAAGUACUUAUAUUUGCACUAUCCCUCUACCAGCUAAAAUACAAAAAAAAAAAGCAAUGAAUUGGAACCUUUAAUGUAAAUUGUGUCUAAUAUUUUAAAUUGCCUAAUAUUUUCUAAGUUCUAAAUGUCUGCUCUUUAAGGAGAAAUUGCUUCUUUGAACCUAAAUGUGCGUGUACAAUGUUCUGCUUAAUUAAAGUACUGUAUAUGAAGUCCUGGAACUGCAAUAAAUCUCACUUUAAUAUGUA